AUGCGUAAUUUGACACGAAUGUCAUAUGAAUAUCAAUUGAUUCUUUCGUGGCAUUUUUUUGCUACUAGCCGUGCCAAAGGCGUGGUUGAUGGCAUUGGUGGCAGUGUUAAAAGAAUUGUUUGGCAACAAAUAUUAACCACAAAAGAUAAAUGUGAAAAUGCAACUGAUUUUGUUAAUAUUGCAAAAACAAAAACUAAGGCUAUUAUUAUUGACAAAAUAACACAAAAGGAUACUGAUAAAUCAAUAGCUCAACUACAAGCAUUUUUUUCGAAUACACUGUCUGUUAAAAAUAAUCAAAAAUUACAUAGUGUUACAGUUGUAUAA